AAAUUCCAAAUCCUUCAGGAAAGAAAAAACCCCUUUUUUUUCCAUUCUUCUCUUUUUCUAUGAUUCCAUUUCUUCACUUUCAAACCAAUUUCUCCAUCUCCACUUCACACCAAUAUGCAAACUCUCCACCAUCCCUUACCCCCUCCUCGAGAUCUUCCUCUCAAGUCUGGCCGCCGCCCACUCCAGCCAAAGAAUUCUCUGCCAAAUCCUGUCCCUUCCGUUGCCAAAAUCAUCAAAUCCAAGCCGGAAAUCAUCCAGAUCUCCCUCUCCGGCGACGCCAAUAAGGAAAAUCAUCCGCCGCCAACAACGGUGAGUAUUGAGUCAUGUGAUUUGUCUCUGGCGGAUGAACUGAAUGCGGUUAAGAGGAAAAUGGAGAGAUUGAGAUUGGACGGUGAACGAACGGAGAAGAUGUUGAGAGAGAGGGAUUUGGUUUUGGAGUUACGGAUGAAGGAACUGUUACAGAGAAGUCAGGAACAGAGAGAUCUGGAAAUGGAAGUCGAUAGGUUAUUUAGAUUGAAGGAACUUAGAUCGUACUGUAUGAGGAUUUCUCCGAUUCGAAGUCUCAGAGAGAAAGAACGAGAAAAGAUUUUCACCGAUGCACAAUUUCCGGAAUUUGAAAUCGGCGAUGGAGAAGAAUCUGUCGGCGAAAACUCCUCGUUGGAUUCUUCAGAAUUCGUAACAGGUUUUUGAAAUCGAUUCUAAAGUUUAGUGGAUUUGCCCUAAUUUUCCGAUCAUUACUACAUCUUGUACGGGUUUUCAAAAGUAGAAAUUAGAAAAGGAAAUGGAUGUAAUACCUCAUUAUGAUUUUCUUUAUGCAUUGAUGGAAGCUUUUGAGUUGUUGUAAUCAAUGUGAUUCUUCCUCCAUCUUCUUCUUCUUCUUUUUCUUCACUUCAAUUAAUGUUGGAAAGUGAGGAAAUUCCAAAUCGUGUUAGUGAA